AUGAAAGCUGAAGAACGAAUACCUGCCUGGACACCAGAAUGGUACGGAUUUACAAAGAAUGGCAUGGAGUGGCUCAGCGAUCACGGCUUUGAGUGGAUUAAGGUCUGCGCUGAUCCAGGUGAUCUCAUGGUCUGGGACAGCCGGACUCCUCAUUACAACGUCCCUACCCAAACCACUCAAGACCGAUUUGCAAUCUACACGUGUUUUAUGCCUGUAAAGAUUGCAACUCAGGAGGAUCUGAUUCGGAAGAAAGGCGCCUUUGAGAGUAUAUGCACCUGUUAUACAUUACGAAGAUAUUCAAUGACUGUCGAUUAG